UCGCGCGUUCGCACGCACGCACGCACGCUUGCACGCUCGCACGCUCAUUCUCUGUCCGCGCGCCCCUUUUCCUACACUUUCCUCCUCUCUCCGACCGGAGGAGCCGCUCUCUCCGCGCGGUGCAUUCUGGGCAUCCAGGCCGAGCCCGCCGCCGCCGCCGCCGUCGCCUGAGGAAAGCGAGAGGAGGCCGCGACCGGGGAGAAAACCCCGGAUUCGCCACCGGAGAGGAGUCCAUUCCCCAGCCGCUGCCGCCGGAGAGGCCCGCCCACUCGCUCGCCCGUCCCCCUGCCCCGUUCACAAUGCAGCCUGCUUCUGCAAAGUGGUACGAUCGCAGGGACUAUGUCUUUAUUGAAUUUUGUGUUGAAGAUAGUAAAGAUGUUAAUGUAAAUUUUGAGAAGUCCAAACUUACAUUCAGCUGUCUUGGAGGAAGUGAUAAUUUUAAACAUUUAAACGAAAUUGAUCUUUUCCACUGUAUUGAUCCAAAUGAUUCCAAGCAUAAAAGAACGGACAGAUCAAUCUUAUGUUGUUUACGAAAAGGGGAAUCUGGGCAGUCAUGGCCAAGGUUAACAAAAGAAAGAGCAAAGCUUAAUUGGCUUAGUGUGGACUUCAAUAAUUGGAAAGACUGGGAAGAUGAUUCAGACGAAGACAUGUCUAAUUUUGACCGUUUCUCUGAGAUGAUGAACAACAUGGGUGGUGAUGAGGAUGUAGAUUUACCAGAAGUAGAUGGAGCAGAUGAUGACUCACAAGACAGUGAUGACGAAAAAAUGCCAGAUCUGGAGUAAGACAUGUCACCGAGAUUUUGAGAAAGAAAAAUAACUUCUACAAGAUUUCAUAAUCGAAAGAAUUCCUGAUUGAUAGCUCUAAAGGCAGAUUCUGUAUUUGCCUUCUUUAACCCAUUUUCCAAACUGUUUGUUUUUUAAAAGGCUUCACUAAGGGUUGAUAAGUACCAUUGUAUGGGGACAGUUUUAAGUCAGCUAAGGCAAUAACCUUAUGCAUGAACAUUUCCCAGACUUCCGUGACGCUGUUGAGGUCUUAGGCAAAUGAUUCAGCAGUUGUAAUAAAUAAAACAUUUCACCUGAGUCUCCUUUACUUCAUAACAUAGAUACUGACAUAUGAGAGGAAGCUCUCAGCUUAGGGAAAGAUAACUAAAAUUUAGAUUUUAGUUCCUGAGUCAAAAUGACUGAAAUAAAUUGGCUGGCAUAGUAAACUGGUAACCUGCUGUUCCUCUGUUGUACUUUCAGGAUUAUUCCACUAAAGCUUUGUUUUUCAAGAGAUUUACUUCACAUUGUAUGUAAGUGAUCACUUGUCAGUGUUCCAAAUGUAUCUUAGCUAAACCUAGUGAACGACAUAAUUUAGAUGGUUUUUGAAGCCUGUACAUUUGGUAUUAUUUGACCCUUAAGCUUUUACAUCUCUUAGCAUGGAGGACAAAGGAAAGCUGUACAUUGUUGCUUGAGAGCCUGUACAUUUAGACCAAAUUUGUAUUUUCACUGUCAAGUAUGGGAAAUAAGUGAAAAAAUGUUAAUACACUAUUGGAUUUUUUAUUUUGUUUUUAAUUCAGCUUGUACCAUGGCUGAAAACCUCAAUUUGUGUUCAUGACAGUGGGGAUUUUUUUUUUUAAUAUCUACAUUCUUUCUAAUAAACUGUUGGAAGACUUCUUGGCUGUCCUUUAAAAGGUGUCUGGUUUACUGUAAUUUCGUGUAUUGCCAUGUACUGGCAUGGAGUUAUAUUUUUGAGGAAGAAUUUGGGAGUAUUCCUGUUUGAGAAGAGGCUUGUAAUGUUCACAGGAAACCUUUUUCAAGUGGAUCUGUAAUGGGAAAUUGUAGAUGCACUUUGCAGCAGUUGGAAAAGAAAGUUUGUGAUUUGAUUGAAAUAAAACUGUUGUCCUCCUAAA